AUGGCGAUCGAAGAAGUCAAGGAUACGGGAUCCGAUGCCCGGGGCACGGAUUCGAAGCUUCAGCCCACAGUCUCGUCGGCAGAGUCUUCUUCUUCUUCGACAUAUGAUGGACCUCGCGCGCAAAUGGCAAAGACCGACUGUGCUUUCGACACCACAGAGGAUCCGCGGUAUUAUAAGCCCAUCCCUGAAUAUGAGGGUGCGCAUCGCUGGGACCCUGAUUUCGAAUGGACCGAGCAGGAAGAGAAAGCCGUGGUGAAGAAGAUUGAUUGGCGCGUCUGCACAUUCGCCUGCGUUACGUUCUUCGCACUCCAGCUUGACCGAGGAAACAUUGUCCAAGCAACCUCGGAUAAUAUGCUAGACGAUCUUGGAAUGACCACUAACGACUACAACACCGGUCAAACGAUCUUCUAUCUUACUUUCCUUUUCGCCGAGCUGCCUUCGCAACUUCUGUCAAAAUGGCUCGGCCCCGACCGAUGGAUUCCAGUCCAGAUGGUGACAUGGAGUCUCAUCGCCGCAUGCCAGGCAUUUAUCAAGAACAGGAGUGGUUUCUUCGCCACCCGCGCUCUGCUCGGUCUAAUCGAGGGUGGAUUCAUCCCAGACACUAUUCUCUUCCUUUCCUUCUGGUACAAGUCCAAGGAGCUGCCCAUCCGUCUCAGCUACUUCUGGGUCACGUAUGAAGCGACUUCGAUCAUCAGCGCUUUCCUGGCAUUUGGUUUCCUUCACAUCCGACAGUCCGACGGUACCGGAGGCUGGCGGUACCUCUUCGCAUUGGAAGGUUUGAUCACAGGCUUGAUUGGAAUUGUCGCAGCAGUCUGGAUGCCUCCUUCUCCCACCCAAACUGCAGGUCGGUUCCGUGGCAAGGACGGCUGGUUCAAUGAGCGCGAAGAGAAGAUCAUGGUCAACCGCGUUCUGCGAGACGAUCCUAGCAAGGGAAGCAUGCACAAUCGCCAAGCCGUUACUCCCAAGCUCCUCUGGCAAGCUUUGAAGGACUACGACAUGUGGGUCAUUUACCUCCUUGGUCUGACCUGGAUGAUUCCCAAUACCCCCGCGACAUCAUACAUCAGUUUGGAGCUGAAGUCGCUUGGCUUCAGUACUUUCCACUCGAACCUUCUCACCAUCCCAGCCUAUGUGAUCUUCAUCAUCAAUUUGUUGAUCUGGACCUGGUUUAGUGAGCGAUUCAACCAACGACUACUUCUGGGCGUCGGUGCUGAAAUCUGGGCUCUCGCUCUCCUCAUCGCUUUGGAGCUUCUGCCCGCAGACGCUAGUACCUGGGCUCGCUGGGUUUUGCUGAUCAUGCUGAUCGGUAUGCCCUACGUCCAUGCGAUUAUCGUCGCGAUCACGUCUCGGAAUGCCGGAUCCGUUAGAACGAGGACAGUCGCAAGUGCCGUCUACAAUAUGAUGGUCCAGGCGAGUAGCAUUAUUGGAAGCAACAUUUACCGCACCGAAGAUAAACCGUACUACCGCACUGGUAAUAAAGUCCUUAUUGGUCUUUCGGUGUGGAGCGCCUUCCUUUUCAUCGUUGCUAAGUUAUACUAUGUCUGGCGCAACAAGCAAAAUGCCGCUAUCUGGGAUAACAUGUCCAGCGAGGAAAAGACAAGAUACGUUGCCGAGAACAAAGACCUCGGAAACAAGAGAGUCGACUUCCGUUUCUUGCACUAG